AUGACGGCCAAACAGUAUUUAUCAAGAAAAAUUGACCAGACUUUUUCAUGCUUUCAGAUGGACAUUCGUGUCCGCCUUCGCCCAUGGCUCGAAAGUCGGUUAAACGAGGGCUGGAUCGAGGGGUUAAACUGGAUCGACCAUGAGAAGGGAAUUUUUCGCAUCCCAUGGAAACACCAUAGUAAACACACAUGGACUGAACAAGAUGCUACAAUUUUCAAGGAUUGGGCCGUUGUCACUGGCCGUUAUCGCGAAGGCAUUGAUGAUCCUGAUUGGCCAAUGUGGAAAACGCGUUUGCGAUGUGCCCUGAACAAGGCGCCUGACAUCCAAGAGGUCAAACAACGGCACAACCUACACUGUGAUGAACCUUUUAAGGUCUACCGUUUCAUUAGCAAGACGGAAUCUCUCUGGCGGGCGAAUGCGUCCAGAAAUGCCAGCAUGAUUUUUGAUGGCAUUCCGGCUAUGGCAAACCCCCCGCCCCUCCAUUUGUCCUCUGUAGUCCGUCGCAGUGUGCAACCGACUACUCUUCUGGGAGGGAAAAGACCUGCAUUUUUUAUUAGAAGACUUGUCAGACCUACAAACGGCUGUAGACCAAUAGCUGUGCUACGCCGAGCUCAUGACCAGUUAUUUCUAAAAAAACUCAGUUUGCGUGCACAAGCCCAACCAACACCAGUUGAACAAUCGCCAGAAUUUAGUAUCUCCGAGACUGCCGACUCCUUGGAUGUCGGCGCGGUCCAAGAAAUAACUGGUUUUUCUGAGGAGUCGACUGCUUUAAGUAGACCAAGCUGGCAACAAUACGCUAACCACGGGGUUCAGCCGAUUCCUUUCUUGCGGAAAGUUGGCCCAGUGCCUGGUGCCACGUAUCAGGGCCCCGGCUAUGAUCAAGCAAAUGGAAAUUCCCAGUCAUUUCUGCCCUUCCUUCCUGACGUCAUGGAACCGGAGUUUCAUCAGUUAGGCGUACGAAUUCAACACUUGAACAUCCGAGUCAAAGACUCCAUAGUAACCAACCCUAAUGGCUGCUGCAUUUACUUCGGACGAUACGAUGAGACAAAUUCUUCAGCUGUUCCUGACGCUAUUGAAGCCCAAAUUAUUCGUCACGUGUCUGACGCUAACCGUUCUUAUGUCAAUCUCCUGCUUGACAAUAUGUACCGGGGUGUCAUUGUCACUUCUUCCCGUGGAAGCAUUUACAUUGAGCGGCUCUGCAAAUGUGCUGUUUUUGUCUAUGCGCACAGCGGGGAUGAUUAUAUUUUUUUGAAAAACCUCAGCAGGAAGGAGUGUGCAAAGGCCUCGGCGGAAUUUCCUAAGCUCGACGAAGGUCUCUCAAAUGGCAUACUCCUUCAUCAGUCCCCUCAAGACGCUGAAGGCAACGGUGGUCGGCCCUUGGAUUGUGACAUGCAUAUAUCCUAUCGCAAUGAACCUACAUCAUUUGACAAAAAUCCUUAUGAACCAUCGUAUGUCCGUAUGGGAUCUUCUGCAUCGGCUGAUUCUGUUGUUAAAAUCGAAGAUAUGGACAGUGGGAUUCACACUGCCGAUACUUUAAACUUAGCUGAUGGCCUGCCGGAUCGAUCAUCAAGUUCCGAACUUGUCAUUGAAGAGGGCGUCGAGAUUCCUCUGGAUGACCAGGACCACCUAACCUACGAAGCGCCUGGAAUUCAUGAUGAUUUGCUCCAAAAUAUGGAUGGAGAUGAUCUUGAAUCCCGCCAUGCAGAAUUCAUGAACGCUGCUGAAGGUAUGGACAUGAAGCCCUACAUAUCCGAAGACGCUCUCCUCAACCUUGGAACCGACUUCAAGAGCUGA